CUCAAUGGAAAAGUGCGUUAGCGCAACAAAGCGCACGUAAAUAAGAAUAUAAAUGAAGUGAAAUAGUCGCGCCAAAUCGUCUAGAAUUGUAGUUUGCAUACCACUCUCAGUGUUUUUCUGUGUUUUGGAUUCCUUUUUGGUGUGAUUUAACAAUUUGCGAAGGGGUCCUGUUGUGACUGGAAAGAGUAGCUUAGGCAGCUUGCCUCGGCUCGCUAGCAAUUUCUAGUAUGUAGAAGUGUAGUUUGAGUAAAACUUCAUUUGGAGGGAAAAACACAAUAAUAUAGCAGCGCUAUACAACUAGAACCUGAAAGUAUUAGGCACAAUUUGGAAACGCGCGCAUGCAACAAGCGCCUGUUAAAUUCUCUCCAAACUAUAGGUAUGGAUCUGUUUGAUAUAGUACGAGCGGCGCCGCCGCCGGCAAACAUUCGCGAAGAGCCUCAAUCUGCUCAGGACGAUCGGUUGCCCUCGCCAGUGGCACCCUCUCCAGUGGCGCCAUCGCCAGUGGCACCAUCACCAAUACCAUCAAAUGGGUCCUGCUCACCCAUACAUAACAAAGCUGAAGGCAUAAACGAUCCAGCAGGUGCAGGCAUUAACACAGCCUCCUUUUUGGAUAGUGAUGACGAGUCGCAUCCAUCACAUCAGCUUCCGCCGCCAAAGACAAAGGCGGAGCAAAAAAUGUUUGUCGAUAAUUUACUGCCGUCCGGUGAGAAUAGCCAGAAAGUUUUUGAAAUUAAAACUUGCACUGUGCGUAUUAAACGCCUGACCGAGGAGGAAAUCGCCAAACACACAAAUCCACACCUUGCUAAAAGGCAAUACUACUCCCGCAAGUCGCAUGCCAGCGAUGAUUCAGAUGAAUCGCCACCUAAGAAGCAGCACCGUACAAAGGUGCACAUCAAAAUGCCGCUGUCAGGCCUUUUCAAUGGGGGUAAAUCGUCGAUUGGACGCAUGCGUCCGCCUACUCCACCACCACGCUGGUCGAAAUCUCCGAAGUCACUAAAUUUGCUUAAAUCAUCAAAAAUUCCAAGAGCUCAGUUUCAUGCUAAUGAAUCUGAACUAAAACGUCGCUAUGGAUCAAGAUUUUUUAACUGCUUGGUGCGCGUUAAGCGCGCUAAACUUCCUAAGAGCACAAAUGCCAGAAGAUCGCGCAAAAAUAAUUUGUCCGUUUCGUUUAGCGACUCGGUAGAAAUACUUGGCAGCUCACGUGGACGCAAGACAACCAAAAGCUUGGAAUCAAUGUCAGUGCCCACACGUUUACAACGUGUUGAUGCCACAGGAAAUGUUUUGGAAGAUAUUGAGUUGACUGCAGACACUUUGCUUGAGUCACCGGUCAAGGGCAAGAGGGGCCGACCACCGGGCAGGGGUGUGUGCAAUGGUGGCGCCGGCAAAGGUUCUAGCACCCCAGGAAAACGUGGUAAACUGAAGCGCCCGGCUCAGCGUGUUCCAGUUAUCGGGUUGGCUAACUUGCGUAUAGCCAAUGAGGAUUUGGUCAAUGAUGAAGAGGAUGAAAACCAGGAAUAUAUUGUGCCCAACGAAGUGCCGGAGUGUCAUACAGCUGACGUACGUCGCGUGGCUACUUCCACCCCAACAAAGCGCUCCACCACUACUACUAUAAGCGAUAGUGAAGUAGAGCCCGAGCCGCCCCUUAUUCCAAGUAACCAAAAUACUGAAAAGCCGAGGAAGAAACUACAUAAAUUAAAUCAAAAAGAAGAAACUGAAUUGCUGGGCGAAAAAGAAACGGUAGAAGAAGACAAGACGCCGCCGUUAGGUGAGAGCUUGCUAGACAAAGGAGAUCAGGUAAAUGCGGAGCUCAAGUCCAUAAGCGCAGCUGCGGAAUCAAAUCCAGAAGUGGAAUCAGAAAAUGUAAAGUCUGAGGGGCAAUUUAAUGUACAAAAACUACAUGACAAUAUGAGUGACGAAGGCAAAAGUGAUACUCUGGGCGAGAAAGUGUCCAUCAAAGACGGGACACCGUUACAGGAAAAACAGGCCGAUAACUCCGAUAAAAUUGUUACACCUUCACCAAAAGUUAUGGAACCUGAAACUCUAGACCUAGAAUUAGCAGUUGCUGCCGCAAAUGCAGCAAUGGAAGAGGUGUCUUCCGACACUUUGGAAAUUCGCACCUCCCUUGAGGAUGUGCGCGAUCUGCAUACGCCAACCUCACGUUCCAGCUCCCCCAAGAGGGUACAGCGCACACGUACCGAAUCGGUGGAAUCUGAUGUAAGCUUUAAAUCUGCUUCGGAGCUUACAAGUAGUGUAUUUAAUGGAAAUAAAUUGGAUAUAACAUCCGAGCGUCUGCCCACAAUAAACGAUUUGCGGACGCCUUCAAUAGCAACGACCACCACAACGAAUGGUCAACAACCACUCAGUGACUCUAGCGCCUUGGGCACAACAACAACAGAAACAUAUAACAGCAGUGCUGUGCCCCCAUACUCGCCGGUUGGCCAAAUGUCUAGUAUAGAUGGUGAUUUGGGCACCGAGCUGGGACCGUUGGAAAAUGACGCCGAUUUCCUAAAUAGCACCACUUCAGCGACAGCCAACUUGGAAGAUAUUAUUACCGCAUUGAAUUCUUAGGAAGGCACUACAAACAACACAACGAAUACCACCACCUACAAAUUUUUUGUUUGAUUUAUCAUCUUGUUUUCUUGAUUUGUCAAAAAGGCCCAAAAUACACACAAUCUAUUGGAGCAGCGUUUUUAAGUUACAGAUACAGAUACAUCACCACCCAUCGUGCGCACAGAUACACAUAAAGAUAUAUGCGGAAAGACGUCGUAAGCUGUACAGUGGAAGGGCUUAUGUGACUACAUAAGUCAUAGUGGCCGUUUGCUAUGAAGACCAACAUUCUUAUCAGCUUCGAUAAACAAUGAAUUCUUAUAAUCCAUUGGUACGUUUCUAGUCGCGCCCUCUACUGGACAUAAAGUUGCACAUAAAAUGAAACAAGCGAGAAAUUUGCAAAUAAGCGGUGCGAACAUUUAUAUUGUAUAAGUAUUAAUAUAAGGAUAAAGUUUUUUUUUGUAUAACCCUCAAGCUUUUACAAAUUAUUUGUAACGGUCUUCACAUAUUUUUGUUAUUAGAUUAAUUCAGUUUUAAUUAGGUAACUGUAUUCGCAAUGCAAAAAAUAUAAUUAUCGUGUAAGAGCAAAAUAAAAAUAAUUAAACGUAAGGACCGUCAUGGAAGAAAAGCAAAGCAGAGCACAUUUUUCAUUUCCUUUUCGAUGUUGAUCGAAUAAAAUCGCCAUUAAAUUAUCGUGAAACCACAAUAAAAUAUGAUAUUUGGGGCAAGGCCGACACUUUUAAAUUUUCAAGCCAUCAAAAUCAAAGUUACAGAUGGUCCACUGUGCGGGUUAAAACUCAACAUGAAGUCUGUACAAACUUGGAUAAAGUUGGCCAAUUUAGUAUUUACGAUAAAGCUUAUUAUAUUUCUUAAACGCAUAAACCAUUUUUUAAUUUUAGCUGAAAAAUGAAUUAAAAUGACAAAACAACACAUUAAAUAUUUGAUUGUAAGAGAUUUCAGAAGCAUCACCUGCUGUUCGUUAUUAUUUACAAAAAUCGAUUGGUUAAUAAGUAAAUCGCAAUUUUCAUGUCAAAAUGAAAUGUAUUAAGCAUUAAUUAACGUGUAAUUAUAUUGUAAAAAAAUUUAAAUAAAAUAAAAUUAAAUAAGAACAUGCAGCA